GAACCCAGAGCAGGACAACCCACAGCCUGGACCGUCCCAGGCAUACAGGAUGGGGUCACCCUGCUAGACCCCUGCCUGUCUCUGCUGGCAGCAGGGUCCCCAGGCGGGGCCUGGGUCCCCAACCACUGCCGGGCCCCCCCGGACACAGUGUGCAACUUCGUGUGCGACUGCGGGGACUGCUCCGACGAGACACAGUGUGGUUACAACGGGGCCUCACCCGCCCGGAGCGCCCCCUUCGCCUGCAGCUUCGAGCAGGACUCCUGUGGCUGGCGAGACAUCAGCACCUCAGGCUACCGCUGGCUCCGGGACCGGGCAGGGGCCGCGCUGGGGGGCCCUGGGCCGCGCGCAGACCACACUCUGGGCACUGACCUAGGCUGGUACGCGGCUGUUGGCACUCAUCGCGGGAAAGAGCCAUCCGUGGCCGCCCUGCGCUCCCCCGUCCUGCGUGAGGCGGCCCCCACCUGUGAGCUGAGGCUCUGGUACCAGGCGGCCUCUGCAGACGUGGCUGAGCUGCGGUUGGAGCUGACACAUGGCACGGAGACGCUGGCCCUGUGGCGGAGCUCGGGGCCCUGGGGCGAGGGCUGGCAGGAGCUGGUGGUGGCCCCUGGCCGCGUCCGGGGUGACUUCUGGGCCAGCUGCCGGCUGGGGCAUCACCGCUGCCGGAACCAGGCCUGCGUGGAGCCCCACCAGGUGUGCGAUGGGGAGGAGAGCUGUGGGGACAGCUCAGACGAGGACACGCCCAGAUGCCGUGAGCGGGGUUCCCAAAGGAUGUGGGGGGCGGUGGGGGGGCAGGGAUGGAGCCCCGCUCUCCCAGGGCACUUCCUGUCCCUGCAGAGGGCCUGGGGACAGCGGACAGCAGCGGCCAGGGCCCUCACACCUGCCCUGGGCCCCUCGGGCCGCCACUGUGAGCUCCACAUGGCUUAUUUUCUGCAGAGCCACCCCCAAGAGGUCUCCUGUAACUUUGAGCGGCACACGUGUGGCUGGCACACGGGCCACCUCACCGACGCCCACUGGCACCGGGUGGAGAGCCGUGGGCCUGGGUACGACCACACCACAGGCAAAGGCUACUUCAUGCUCCUGGACCCCGUGGACCCGCUGGCUCGGGGCCCUGGCGCCCACCUGCUCACCCAGCCCCAGACGCCGGCAGCCCCUCAGCAGUGCCUGUCCUUCUGGUACCACCUCCACGGGCCCCAGAUCGGGACCCUGCGCCUGGUGAUGAGGCAGGAUGGGAAGGAUGUGCACCUGUGGUCAAGGUCCGGCACCCAGGGCAACCGCUGGCACCAGGCCUGGGCCACCCUCCACCACCCGCCAGACACGGGCGCCCAGUACGAGCUGCUGUUCGAGGGCCUGCGGGACGGGUUCCACGGCUCCAUGGCGCUGGACGACCUGGCCCUGCGACCGGGGCCCUGCUGGGCCCCCCAGCACUGCUCCUUCGAGGACUCGGCCUGCGGCUUCUCCACUGGGGACCUCUGGAUGCGCCAGGCCCACGCCACGGGCCACGCCGCCUGGGGCCCCCGGGCUGACCACACCACGGAGACAGCUCAUGGCCACUACAUGAUCGUGGACACGAGCCCACAGGCCCUGCCCCGUGGCCACGCGGCCUCCCUGACCUCGGAGGAGCACCAGCCCCUGGCCCAACCCGCCUGCCUGACCUUUUGGUACCACCUGAGCCUCCGAAACCCAGGUACCUUGCAGGUCCGCGUGGAGGCGGCAGAGCGGCACCGGGUGCUGAGCAUCAGCGAGCGUGGGGGGCUGGCCUGGCGCCUGGGCAGAGUGGCCGUGCAGGCCCAGCAGGCCUGGAGGGUGGUGUUUGAGGCCAUGGCCGCUGGUGUGGAGCACUCCUACAUCGCGCUGGAUGACCUGCUGCUCCAGGAUGGACCCUGCCCUCCGCCAGCUUCCUGUGACUUUGAGACGGGCCUGUGUGGCUGGAGCCACCUGUCCUGGCCCAGCCUGGGAGGGUACAGCUGGGACUGGAGCAGUGGAUCCACACCCUCCCGGUACCCCCAGCCCCCCGUGGACCACACCCUGGGAACUGACGCAGGCCACUUUGCCGUCUUUGAAACAGGAGUGCUGGGUCCGGGGGGCCGGGCAGCCUGGCUGCGCAGCCAGCCCCUGCCUCCCACCCAGGCCUCCUGCCUCCGCUUCUGGUACCUCAUGGGCUUCCCUGAGCACUUCUGUGAGUCGGCGGGCCAGCGGGCGGGGUGGCGGGGCACUCUGGGCGGCCAGCCAGCCCUGGGGCCCAUUGCCCUGGACGACGUCGAGUACCUGGCGGGGCAGCGCUGCCAGCGGCCUGUGCCCAACCAGGGUAAGCCCUGCCCAGGUCGGCCAGCCCUGGUCUGGGGGGAGCAGGGCCGGGGUCUCCAGGCACCGUCCUCGGCUUGGGAGUGGGGUGUCAGGGAGGACGCAAGUCCCAGGGCUCCUGUGCCACGGCCCACAGGGGACUCGGUGCCGGGCACAGUGCCCGCCUCCAGGGACAGGGCAGUGGCCGCGGCCCCCGGAUUUGACAACAUCCUCUUCAACGCGGAUCAAGUGACCCUGCCAGCAUCGAUCACCAACGGCCCCUAGGCCCAGAGGACCCACUGCUCCCAGGAGCUCCCCACCCUGGCCCCAGACGUGCUGAGUCCCCAUCCCUCACCCUGCAUCCCGCCCGCCACCCAUGUCUGGUUGCAGUCCUCACCCCAACAAUAAACACUCCGGCCCGGAGGGCAGCCCCUCUCGCCGGCCAGCCUGUGCAC